UCCCUCGGACACAGCGAAUCACCGAUUAACGAAAAGAGCCGAAGAUGUCAGCUCUGUCAUGUGAUCAGCUCUGUCCAAUCAGAGCUGAUCACAUGGGACAUGUGCACUGAUCAUUGGGGCACUGAUGAUCAGUGUGCCCUGAUUAUCAGUGUAGCCCCAUCAGUACCACCUGUCAGUGUCCAUCAAUGCCACCUGCCUGUGCCCAUCAGUGCCACAUAUCAGUGCCUACCAGUCCACAUCAAUGCCACAUAUCAGUGCCCAUCUGAGCUGCCUUUCAGUGCCACCUAUCAGUGCCAGUCAGUUCCAGUCAGUGCCACCUAUCAGUGCUGCCAAUCAGUGCCAGUUAGUGCAUCCUAUCAGUGCGCAUCAGUGCUGCCUAUCAGUUUCCAUCAGUGCCGCCCAUGAGUGCCGCCUAACAGUGCCAGUCAGUGCCACCUAUCAGUGCCAGUCAGUGCUGCCUGUCAGUGCCAUAUAUGAGUG